AUGCGGUUUUUUGGCUUCAGGUUGGCUAUGUUUGAUCUUUUGACGCACGGCUCCGCUGCCUGGAAGAAAAUACAGCAUCGCGCUCUUGGCUUGCUUGGAAAUCACAGGAAUGGUCGUAGCUUUGGUAAUGGCGGGCCAGAGAAACAGCGGCAGAGCGAGUGUUGGAACUUGUGGGAUCGUCCGUCUCACGAGCUUGAUAUCGAGUUGGCGAUCAACUUUCUCCACCUCUGCUCCAUCAUCACCAUCAUCUUCCUCCCUAAGGCGACUCUCAAUAUGGCUGCUCUCCGUACAUCCUCACGAUCGCUCAUGCGAUCCGCAGCUGGCGUUGUCGGUGCUGCGACUCGAUCCAAUAUCGUUGCUGUCGCAAGCAGCUCUUCCCGCACCGCUGCCAACCGAACCAUCUCCACUUCGGCAGCUCGAUCCUCCGACUCUCUCUUCGUCCACCGCGAUACCGACUACAACAACCCAGACAUUCCAUUCCAGUUCAACGAGGAGAAUGCAAAGAUGGCACAGGAGAUCAUCUCGCACUACCCCGAGCAGUACAAGAAGGCAGCCGUGAUCCCCCUGCUCGACCUUGGUCAACGACAGAACUCGGGUUGGGUCUCCAUCUCAGUCAUGAACUAUGUCGCCAAAUUGCUCGAGAUGCCACCCAUGCGCGUCUACGAAGUGGCUACCUUCUACACCAUGUUCAACCGCGAACCCGUCGGCCAGUACUUUUUGCAACUUUGCACCACCACCCCUUGCAUGCUCGGUGGUUGCGGCUCGACCAAGAUCCUGGAGGCGCUUGAGUCCAAGCUCGGAAUCAAGGCUGGCCAGACCACAAAGGACAAGAAGUUCACCUUGGUCGAGGUCGAAUGCCUGGGUGCCUGUGCAAACGCUCCUAUGAUUCAGAUCAACGACGAUUACUACGAGGACCUGACACCAGAGAGCAUGAACAACAUCAUCGAGAAGCUUAGCAAGGGUGAAAAGGUCAAGCCUGGCCCGCAGUCGGGUCGUCACUCGUCGGAGAACGCCGCUGGCCGUACCGCACUCACCUCUGAGCCAUACGGACCAGGCAAGCACUGUGUUCCUGAGUUCGCCUGA